GUUUGCCCAGUGUGCAAUGCCCUGCAUAGCUAGAGGAUGGCCGCAGGUUCGGACAUUGGCCCUGCCAGGGUACAGGAACUCGACAUACGGGUAGAAGAUUUCCUCGAUGAUAAACUUCAGUCAACCACGGACCUGGACAAUCUCGAGACGCUCCUUGCCAAGGUGGAACUCCAGCGCAGCCAACUCCAGUCCCAACUCGACAAUGCCGUCAAGCAGCUGCAAGAAGCUCGCGUCAGCUCACACGACCGACAGGCAACUCUCGCCACGCGGAUCCACGAAUUCCAAAGGCUCCAGCACAGCAUCGAUGCUCGAGUCAAGGUCGCCGCCGCCUCGGAGGCUCCCAACCAGGCCAUCGCCCGUCUCCAGCGCCCGAUGAAGCAGCUCCAGACGGUCGAGCUCGCGCACAAAUACCUGACGCUCCUACAGGACGUGGACAAGCUGAGGAAAGAGGCGCGCGCGCACUUGCCCGAGAGCCCCAGGGCGGCGCUCGAGCCGUACGCGAAGCUGAAGCGGCUGUCGGUCCGGCUGCAGGAGCUCUCGGGUCUCGCCGACGACGCGGCGGUGCACCUCGUCAACCACGUCGAGUCGGUGACGGAGACGCUCUGGGAGGACAUGAAGAAGACCAUGGCGGCGGAGCUGGAGGCGGUGCUGCGCGGGCGGUCGUGGCCCAUGGCCGUCGACCCGGCCGCGGGGAUGGACGAGGAGUGGCUGCGGUGUUUCGAGAAGCUGGUUGACCUGCAGGUCCCGGAGGUGGUGUACAGCCCCGAGACGGUGACGCUGCUGCCGUUCGACGCCAUGUGCAAGAUCUUCGUGUCCGAGUUUCGGUUUCAUUUCCUCAGCGACAAGCCGACCAGCAAGCCCGAGGCGAUCGGCACGCACUGCCUCCCCUGGUUCCUGGCCGUCAUCGAGAAAUGGGAGGGCUUUUUCAGGGACAACCUCGGCCACUUGUUGGCGGCCAAGUUCCAGGGUACGCCGGUGGCGAACAAUAUGGUCUACGUUGAUCCGGUGGGCGCUUUCAUUACGGCCAUGCUCCCUGUUUUGAGGAAGAAAGUGCACCAUGUCGUCGCGGACGCCGUAAAGGACCCCACGUUCCUGAGCAGCCUCAUGGUGCAGCUUAUGACGUUCGACGAGAACGUGAGGUCCAGGUUCGGCUACGACGGCGGAGACCCAGACCGUGGGUGGGCCGGGCUGACCACCGAGGUCCUUGAGAAGUGGUUCGAGCCGUGGUUCUUGGCCGAGAGAGAGUUUGCACUGGAGCGUUUCCGGGCUAUCAUGGAGUCCCGCGAAGCUCGGAAUAUCGAUUACGACUACGCGGGGCCGGGCAAGACGAAGCCGACAUACGCCGCUGUCCGCGUAACCGACCUCCUCAAGACCGUUACGUCGCAAUACGAAAGGGCAAGGAAGUUCAAACACAAGAUCCGCUUCCUGAUAGGCAUCCAGCUGGACAUCCUAGACGAGUACCACGACCGUCUCAGAGGCUCCUUGGAGGCGUACCAAGCGAUCACGUCCACCGUGGGACGCACGAUCCACGGUGUGACAAAGGAGCAACUCGCCGCCCUGGAAGGGACCGGCGCUUUGGAGACCCUAUGCAAGGUAUAUGGCAGUGCCGACCAUAUCGUCAACACGCUACGGGAUUCGAGCAACGAUGAAUUCUUCGUGACGCUCUGGGAGGAGCUUCAAAAUCGAGCAGAGCCUGUAGGGGAGCAGGGCAAGAUCGCGGGCGACAUGAGCUACGACGAGGUCAAGGAUCGCACAUCUGCUGCAGUGGGAUCUGACAAUGAGGACGGGGCUCUGUUCGACGAGACAAUCACGGCCUACAGCCUGAGGAGAAAGGCAGCCCAGGACUUUCUCAUCGGCGCGUUGACCAAGUCGCAUCAGGAUGCGUUCAGAGCCUACUCGAGCCGUGUCCAAUGGACAACUAUGGCCGACAAUGGCGGCGAAGUGGAUUCGAAUCAACUCGCCAUUACUCCUGAGCUGGAAGAACCUUUGAGGAUUCUCCGUCAAAACUUCGACUUCCUCCUCAAAGCCUUGAGCACGGCCGCGUUCCGGCGCAUCUGGCGUGGGGCGCUUGACAAGCUCCAGGACCUGCUGUGGACGGACGUGCUGAUGCGGCAGAGAUUCACGGCCUUGGGCGCGGCCCAAUUCCGGCGCGACCUCAACGCCAUCUUCGCCCUCGUCGAACGAUACAUCCCCGGCGGCUUGGGACCUCUCGCUAGCCUCGACGACGCCCUGCUGCUGCUUAACUUGCCUGUGCACCCCGCGAAGCCGCAGGAAGGCGAGGAGGCGUGCCUAUCACUCAAGCAGGCCACGGACCGCGUCUUCACGGACAACGCGGAGGCGAAGCGCGUGUUGGAGGAACUGGGCAUCGAGACGUUGACGCCGGCGAAUGCGCGUCACAUUUUGCAGCGGCGGGUGGAAAACGAAGUGUAGGGGGGAGAGAGAGAGAGAGAGAGAGAAGCACAGCUCUGCCACACGUAACGUGCCAACUAUCCAACUAUCCCUAACGCCUUGGAAUGAACACAAGGAAAAGUAUAUGGUCUACCACCUGAUAAAGUAAAGAUGUUUGCAUAAUAUGACAUGACAU